AUGGACCAGUCAUCUGUGGACCGAAAGAUGUCCCUGAACGCGGAGGAGCUCGAACAUGGAGUACGCGAAGAGCAGCCCCAUGUUGAAGUUCCCGAAGAAGCGAACGCGAGAAUUCGGCGAACGUUCGAUCGCCGCCUCCUUCCCAUCGUUUGUUGCCUUUACGUCUUGUCCUAUCUCGAUCGAGGAAAUAUCGGAAAUGCCAAAGCCGCUGGUGCCAAGGAGGAUCUCGGACUCAGUGACUCGGAUUGGUCCUGGGUUCUCAACGCGUUUUACAUUUGCUAUGUCGCGUUCGAAUGGACAAACUUGUUCUGGAAGAUCUUGCCCGCCAGCAAAUACGUUGCUGUACUUUGCGUUCUCUGGGGAACUGCUGCAAUGUGCUCUGGUGCUUCUCAGAACCUUGGUGGCCUCAUUGCUACUCGUGCCCUCCUUGGCAUCUUUGAGGCAGCAUUUGGUGCCGGUGCCCCUUAUUUCCUGUCAUUGUUCUAUAAGCGCAAGGAACUUGGUUUUCGCGUUUCCCUGCUUCUGGGAAUGUCACCUUUGGCCAACUGCUUUGCAUCUGCUUUGGCCUAUGGAAUUACCCACAUCAAGGGCUCCUUGGAGCCUUGGAGGUACCUUUUCAUUAUUGAGGGUGCACCUACAGUCCUCUUUUCCUUGGUCACCUGGUUCUUCCUGGCAGACUCUCCCGCCAAGGCAAAAUACCUGUCCGAGCAGGAUGCCACAUAUGCCGUCGAACGUCUCCAAGUUCGAGAUCGAACGAAGAAGACUCAGGUUCGCUGGGACCAGAUUUUCGCUGGUCUGACCGACUAUCAGAACUAUGUCCACACCAUGAUCCAUUUCUGCUGUAACUACUCUUUUGCGGGUCUUUCCAACUUUCUUCCUACCAUUGUUCGCGACAUGGGGUACUCUUCCGUUACGGCGCAGGGCCUUACAGCACCCCCUUAUUUCUUGGCCUUCCUUUGCUGCGUUGCCGCUGCUUUUGUUAGCGACAAAUUUGGAAAGAGAGGGUUCAUUGUGAGCGGGAGUUCCAUCGUUGGCUUCGCUGGUUAUCUCAUCCUGGUCCUUGUUCAGGACCAGUCGAAGAAAGCUGCUCGCUACGCUGGCGUCUUUCUUGCCUCCUGCGGAGUGUUCCCUGCUCUUUGCAUCAAUAUCACCUGGCUGCUAAACAACCAAGGCGGCGACUCAAAGAAGGGAGCUGGGCUUGCAAUCUUGGCCACAUUUGGCCAAUGCUCUUCUUUUGUCAGCAGUGUUGUUUUCCCUAGCACUGAUGGGCCUCUCUACACUCGUGGCACGGCGAUCGGCUGCGGUCUCACUGGCCUCAUCAGUAUCUUGGCCCUUGGCCUGCACUUUGCUUUGGAGCGCGAGAACAACAGACGUGAUCGCGAGUAUGGACCUGUCGAUGCGACUGUUUCUGUUGAUGUGACGGAGCUUGGCGACAAGAACAAGAACUUCCGCUACCUGACUUAG